AUGUCCGAUGCGUAUUGCUCCGACUGCAAGCGCCAGACGGAGGUGGUUUUCGACCACUCGGCGGGAGACACGGUGUGCUCCGAGUGUGGAUUAGUGUUGGAAUCUCAUUCCAUCGACGAGACCUCAGAGUGGCGUACCUUCGCGAACGAGUCCGGCGAUAACGACCCGGUCCGUGUUGGUGGGCCCACCAACCCACUAUUGGCCGAUGGCGGGUUGUCCACCGUCAUAGCCAAGCCUAAUGGGGCAUCUGGUGAGUUCUUAUCUUCGUCGUUGGGGCGGUGGCAGAACCGUGGGUCGAAUCCGGAUCGGGGCUUGAUUCUGGCCUUCAAAACCAUCGCCACCAUGUCUGAUAGGUAUGUGCUUGUUGCUGCGAUAUUGUGGGAAGGGUUGAAGUUGGAUGAGAAAGAUGAUGAUUGGUUGGGCCUUGUUGCAACCAUCAAGGAUCGGGCUAAUGAGAUAUAUAAGAGGGUGGAAGAUCAGAAAUCUAGUAGAGGAAGAAAUCAGGACGCAUUAUUGGCUGCUUGCCUAUAUAUUGCUUGUCGACAAGAAGACAAGCCACGCACUGUAAAGGAAAUUUGCUCCGUCGCCAAUGGAGCCUCAAAGAAGGAAAUUGGCCGAGCAAAAGAAUAUAUAGUGAAACAACUGGGACUAGAGAAGGGUCAGUCAGUGGAGAUGGGAACAAUACAUGCCGGGGACUUUAUGAGGCGCUUCUGUUCCAAUCUUGGAAUGAAUAAUCAAGCAGUCAAAGCUGCCCAAGAAGCUGUGCAAAAGUCGGAAGAAUUUGAUAUAAGGAGGAGCCCUAUAUCGAUAGCAGCAGCAGUUAUUUAUAUUAUCACUCAGCUUUCAGACGAUAAGAAGCCUCUCAAAGAUAUCUCAGUUGCUACAGGAGUAGCAGAAGGAACAAUCAGAAACUCAUACAAAGACCUUUAUCCCCAUGUAUCAAAGAUAAUACCCAACUGUCAAAAUUCUUCUUCUCUUACUUCGAUUCGAGUUGAAUCAUUUCUCGAUGAAUUGAAAGUAGUCACUGGAUGCUCGUGUUUGGCCCUGGUAGGAGGGGGUCCAAGCCCCAUGUUGCACUUCCAGCGGGCUUCAGCAGCUCGGGCAGGAGAUCGGGCCACUCGUAUGGAAAUGGCCUUGGCUAGUAGGUGGAAAAUUUUGAAUAAAGAGUUAGGGAAAUGGAGAGAUGCGUUGACAAAAGCGAGGGAUAACAUUCAAAGAGGCCAAAAUCUUGGCAACGAGCACAAAUGUGGCUCGGUGCCAUUAGUUAGGCAAAAAAUCUUCAACAAUCACCAAUGUUGGGAGGUGAUGAAAAAUUGUUCAAGAUUCAAAAUUAUUCCCACGGGUCCGACCGUUGUGUUGAAUGAGACGUCGCUCCACAAUUCAACGACAUUGGAUUCGCCUUUGGAUUUCUCAAUGAAUCAAGACUCACCAAUCCAAAAGGAGCCAAGGCCUAUUGGGAGAAAGGCGGCGAAGGCCAACAGAGGGAGUAAGUCCACCAAUGAUACUGCAAAAAUUUUGGAGCAAAUUGCUCUAAACGGCACAAUGAGAAUUGAGAGAGACAUGAAAAGAGAUUUGGAUGAGAGGACAAUGUAUGAAGAAUUUGCAAGAGAAAGGGAGUAA